UGACGUCACACGCGAAAGCGCGGGAAAAGUGCGACCAGGCCGCAAGCCUGACGGACGGAGUUAAAGACCCACCUCGCCCCGCUCACUACUUUAACAUUCUUUAACAACUUAAACAUUUAGCACACGCGCGCGCCGACGAUGGGAAUACACGGCCUCACCAAGCUCAUCGCGGACGUGGCACCCGGAGCCAUGAAGGAAAACGACAUCAAAAGUUACUUUGGUCGCAAAAUCGCUAUUGACGCGUCGAUGAGCAUCUACCAGUUCCUGAUCGCCGUGCGGCAGGACGGAAACACUCUCACCUCCGAGGACGGAGAGACCACCAGCCACCUGGUCGGACUCUUCUAUCGCACGAUCCGCAUGAUAGAGAACGGCAUCAAGCCCGUGUACGUGUUCGACGGGAAACCUCCACAGCUCAAGUCGGGAGAGCUGGCGAAGCGAGCGGAGCGCAGAGUGGAGGCCGAGAAGCAGCUGGUGGCAGCUGAGGAGGCUGGCGAGGUGGAGAACGUGGAGAAGUACAGCAAGCGGCUGGUGCGCGUCACACGGCAGCACAACGACGAGUGCAAGCGGCUGCUGCGGCUCAUGGGCGUCCCCUACGUGGAGGCCCCCUGCGAGGCGGAGGCGAGCUGUGCCGCGCUGGUGAAGGCCGGCAAGGUGUUUGCCACGGCCACCGAGGACAUGGACGGGCUCACGUUCGGCACCGGGGUCCUGCUGCGCCACCUGACAGCCAGCGAGGCCAAAAAACUGCCCAUUCAGGAGUUCCACUUCACGAAGCUUCUGGAGGAGAUCAAGCUUUCACAUGACGAGUUCAUCGACCUGUGUAUCCUGCUGGGCUGCGACUACUGCGAGACCAUCAGGGGGAUCGGGCCCAAGCGGGCCAUCGAGCUCGUGCGGCAAUACAAGCGCAUCGAGGCCAUCCUGCAGCACAUCGACACCAAGAAGUACCCCGUGCCGGACAACUGGCUGUACCAGGAGGCGAGGCAGCUGUUCCUCAAGCCCGACGUGGUGGACGCCGAGGAGGUGGACCUGAAGUGGAACGAGCCCGACGAGGAGGGACUGGUGGCCUUCAUGGUGCAGGAGAAGCAGUUUAACGAGGACCGCAUCCGCAACGGAGUGAAGAAGCUGCUGAAGAGCAAGCAGGGGACGACGCAGGUGCGCAUGGACGACUUCUUCAAGAUCACCGGCUCCAUCACCUCCGCCAAACGCAAGCAGCCGGAGCCCAAGGGCUCGGCGAAGAAGAAAUCCAAGCCGGCUGCCGGCGGGAAGUUCAAGAAGGGAAAGUGAGCGGGCGACCCGGAGACUCGGCGACACCACGCGGCGGCGGCGGCGCACUCCGCCAUUCCAAACCUCGCGUCGUUCACUUUAUUUAGUUUAACUCAAAGAGACCGGGAGAAUCUCAUUGAGCAAGGGUGACCUGGGCCAUUAGUCUGCCAGUAAGGGGCGGGGGGGGGGGAUUGCGGUGAUUGCUGCUGCUGCUGCGUUGUGGUUCAGUCACCUUUCGAGUAACUUUGCGGUAUCGUUUUUCGAUUUCAGCAAAAAUUGGACCGUGGCACCGUCACGUGCGAUGGCUCGCUCCUGCGAAUGACGUCGGAUAUUACACAGCGCAGUGUUAAUGUCGGAUAUUACACAGCGUGGUGUAAAUCUACAAUAUUACACAGUGCGGUGUGAAUCGAGGCAGCCACGGGAUUGGAGACCGUGAACCUCUACUAGCAAGCAAGCAGGCUGAAUGAGCUGCUACAUCUUGGUCACGUUGCCUACCCCGGACUCAGGACGUCGUCGUAGCGACGGUUCUGAGCGGGUGCAGUAGCAACGUCACUUAUCCGCCUGACCAAUGUAAGCUGCCUACGCCCAGUGCAGGGCCUAACUGCCGAUCCGUGCAGACGUCCACGUGUCUGACCUUUCCACAAAUCCGCCCGCACAAGUCGGACGCGUGCGAUGUCGUGCUGCCCUGCCAACUCGCUACACCUGCCCCCCCGCGUGGUGCACGCUGCACGAGUAAUUGGGCGACUGUCCAAAAAAACACGAAACGUUUUUUUUCUCUCCAAAUGUUCGAGCACGGCAUCCGAAUCUAUUUUCCCCCCCCAUCAUUGAAACAGUGGUGCAAGUCGUGCGUAUGUUCGUGUUAAACUUCUUUCACACCGUACGUAGCCAACCGCGCUCACCGCAGUUCCUUAGACUCCCCUGCCCCUUGCCGCCCGUCCACCCGGCGGUCAAUGUACGUACGCCACAGUCGAUCGGUACGGAGGUCCUGCACGGCGGGUUAAAGUGUGGGUGUCCCGACCGCCUCGACCAAGAUCUCUGGCCGUCGUGGAAGACUACGCAGCAUUCCGUUAACGUCUUGCAUGCACUGUGGCGGCCCUCGCACUUCUGAUAUUUCGUCAGCGACAGUGGCUCCCCCCCCUUCCCCCGACAAUGAGUGAGGAACACCGCUCUGGAGCUCCUUCGAGCGGAGACCUUUGUGCCGGUGGUGGUGUAAGCAAUUGCAGGGCCUGCGCCUUCAUCCCCUUGUCUCUGCGCGUGCUCUAUGGCUCGGCGUUGGGGCUGUCGUGAAACCGGCUUGCGGCGUCGAAAAAAAUUGUAUCGCGGAUUUUCACGGGGCACCGCGAGCACAUGUUUAUUUCUCGUGGGAUGAGGCGGCGGUUGGUAAAUGUGGAAAGGCAGUUUGUACGUACGUUUUUACGUUGGAAUUAUUUUGCACCGCGCGUAGCCAAACGUGCUGACCGGAGUUUGUUGGGAUCCCUGUUGGUGUGGGAGACCGCACGUUAUGAAUGGGGCUGCUGCACGUAAACCCUGGGUUAUAAGACGCUCCGGAAAGUAAGACACGCUCCAAUCUUGUACAGAUCUACUCACAAAGAUCCCCCGUGUAGCCUUAACAGAAUGUUGGGGCAAGUGCUGUUAGCGAGUAGCACCGACGAAGGCCGGCACGGCGCACGAGGGGGAGAGUUGCCAGCACCACGCCCGGACGCCUUUGUCUCCCCAGUGGCGAUGUUUACUACACACCGCACCGGGUACUCAUUUGAUGCUUAAUCGACCUAGGGGAGGCCCAGAACCGCUUCAGAUAAUCGUCACUCGCGUAGGCCGUGAGUGGGAAUUUAAUUCUGGCCGCCGGGAUUGUAGCGCGGCCGCGCUAAUCACUGCACCGCCGCUCCCCACAUACACGGCACAUUGACGCACCAUACACAUCAUGGCUCAAGCUGAUUGUGUAACCAGCUGAGAAGUCGAGAAGAGACCGGGCACCGAGGUAGAAAACGUCUCUGCAAGAGUGACCCCCGGGGCUCACCGAUAUAACAAAAGGCAAAAUAUAUGAAGGCAGUUGACACGCAUGAAGCACGCAACGUGUGCAUACUACCAACAACAACA